CAUUGGCAAUAUUCUGGAAAAACUGUGACCAGUUCAGUGCCAUUAUUCUGGAUAGCAGUGUACCCAGCUUGGUGGCAUUAUUCUCGAGAACCCAUCUCAGGGGCAUUAUAUAAUCUUUACCAGGACAGCAAGUUAUGGACAUGUGAGAGGACAUCACCUAGAUUAGAUCAUAUCACAAUUUUAUGCCGGAUAUCUGGAGAGACUUGCACGGAGCAGAGAAGAUACCUACUGGUUUAGAAGAUGAUGGAAUGGCGGUGGAAAUCUCUUCCUGUAAUAUUAUUACUUUUGGAAGGUGUGCUGAGUAGACACUGGGCAGCCUGGAUGCCCACAUCCAUCUCGGCAUUCAAGGACUCAUGUGUGGCCAUCCCAUGCAGCUUCAGCUAUCCCGAAGAUAUUCGACCGUCGGCAGUACAUGGUAUCUGGUACUUUAACAGUCCGUAUCCUAGGAACUUUCCUCCUGUGGUCUUGAAUUCGAAAACCAGCUCGGCACAUGAAAUGUACAUGGGUCGUAUAAAGCUGAUUGGAGACCUUCAGACGUCAAACUGCUCAAUACAGAUUGACAGAGUCAGCAAUGAACUUCAGGGAAAAUACUACUUCCGGGCCGAUUUGGGAGGCUACAAUCAAUAUACCUACUCAGAACAUGCCAACCUCUAUAUAUUAGAUGAACCCUUCGUAGUUCAACCCCAAGAAAUUGUAUCCGGCACCGAAGCUGAGAUCACCUGCUUAGUAGAUGAUAACUGUCCCGACAUGAAGCCUACUGUGACCUGGACGGACAUUGAAGGGCUUGAACAUCAUAAUGUGUACGUCGGGGUUGAUGAGAACAAUGGUGCUUGGAAGCAAAUAUCCACUCUGAAGUUUCUACCAUCUUAUAAAAACCAUGGUCAACAGCUGGGCUGUAAAGUCACAUUUCCAGACACGGAACUGGAGUAUAAAGGUUUUGCCACAAUGGAUGUAAAAUAUGCCCCUCGCAUUAUAGACAUCAACUCCUCCACGGAGACCAUGGAGGGCACCCAGGUGGUGUUUUUGUGUGUGAUUGAUAGUAACCCCAUGUCCCGUGUCAUGUGGUUCAAGGAUGAUCUGCUUUUAAAAGAAGAUUACACGGGGAACCUCACACUGGAGCUCGAGUACGUCACAUACAACCAUGAUGGGAUAUACAUGUGUGCAGCGGAGAAUGAGUAUGGCCACGUCAAUAAAUCCAUAGGAUUGGCUGUCAUGUAUCCUCCAUGGAAACCUUCGGUGAAUGCAUCCCUGGUGGCGGUAGAAGGAGAGACGGUCACUAUUUUGUGUAACACACAAGGGAACCCAGAUCCCAUCCUCACCAUCAUGAAAGACAAGCAAGUCCUUAACUCUGUGAUCUUUCAGAAUGAACUGGUGCUGGAAAUACCAUCCGUGACCCAUGAACAUGAUGGAGAGUACUGGUGCUUUGCGGAAAACCAGUAUGGACACAGCAAUAGCUCCUUCAACCUUACUGUUGUAUUUUCACCAUUAGUUUUACCCGAAUCUAAGUGCAAAGUGACCAAAGACAAUGUCCAGUGUAUGUGCACGGUGAAGUCCAAUCCAGAUCCGUACAUUAUGUUUGAGAUCCCAGAGAAGAACUUCACGGUCAGUGAGCUCAAUGCAGAGUAUGUACACUCUCAGAGGAAUGGCUACAUGGUGAGCAGCAUCCUGACUCUGCAAAAGGAGACCAAACUUCCAGAGGUUGUACUGUGCUCCGCAAGUAACUUGUAUGGCAAGAAGGUUCACGAGCUUUUCUUCCAGGACACUAACACGUUAAUCUGGGCCAAGAUUGGUCCCGUUGGAGCUGUGGUGGUUUUUGUCAUCCUUGUAGCGGUCGGCGGCUACAUGAUUAAAACCAGAGAAAAGAAGAACGUAACAGAAAGUUCUAGCUUCAUCCAAACAGAGACCUCACCGUCAUACAGUGGAGACACCUCCAAGAAAAACUUAAGAAAAACAGGGUCAGGAGAGAUCUGUGCGGUGGAGGUAAAAUGAUCCAAAAGAACCAAUUGCUCAGUUUUUCGGAAAGAUUCCUGUUAAGUAAGAGGCAGCAAACACCAACUGUGGACUCUGAAUAUGCAAAUAUUGACUUUACAAAGAAGAGCGCAAUGGACAUCUACACCAACCCCGAAGAGCUUACCGAUUACGCCGAAAUCCGGGUGAAAUGACGGCCACUUAUCUAACAGCACAAACAUAACUGGCCCCCGUCUGGCCACCAUCUUACAAAAACCCAAGCCCACAAAAAAAAAUAAUAACCCAAACUUCUCUGGAGCAGUAUCAUUUAAAGCAUACUUAUGGUUAUAAUUAUUUUUGCUAUAAAGGGGCGGGUUGUCUGGUCCCCUUUGGGUAGAGAACCAUGGACCACUUCAUGGUUCCUCCUCUUUUCCCAAAUCUCCUGGUACACAUGAGCUA